AUGGCAGAUUUGCGCCUAUUUUCACGCGAAUUCAUAGCAGAAUUUAUCGAAAUGUACAAACGUUUUCCAUGCCUGUGGCAGGUGAAUUCGAAAGAAUACACGGACCGUACGAAAAGGAAGGUAGCUUACGACGUGCUACUCACGAAGUACCGUGAAGUGGACAAAUCGGCCACUGAGGAUGAGGUGAAGAAGAAACUAUAUGGACUGCGAUCGAGCUACCGGCGAGAGAUGAUUAAAUUGAAGAAAUCCAUUAAAUCUGGCGCCACCCUAGAUGAUGUGUAUAAGCCCACGUUGUGGUAUUUCUAUUUGUUCGACUUUUUAACCGAUUAUGAUACAAUGAAAGAGCCGACAAGUACAUUGGAUGACCGUCAAGAUGAAUCCAAAGAGGAACAAAUACAAUACGAUGAAGAAUAUGAUCUCAUAGAUAGUUAUCACGAUGAUCACGCUGUGACCGAUGAACAUCACGAUGAUCUUGACGAUGUUAGUUCGGAAACGGAUAGUGACAAGGAUGCAGAAGAAGAUCCCUUCAAUGGUGAUACACAAUCCGUAUAUACUUCCGUCUCACAAAGGCAAUCUCCUGCCCCUAGUACUUCACGAUCUUACGUAUCGCACAAAAAGCGAAGGCUACUUCCACCCGAAGAAGAUCACGUUCCUAUCGAAACUACGGAAACCACCGAACAAAGCAAUCAUUCCGUAGCGGUGCAAAGCGUCCAGGAAGAUCAGUUCGACGUAUAUGGCAAGCUGGUGGCGCAUAAGCUACGCUCAUUUGACAAACUACAGGUUACCUUCUCUCAACGGUUGAUCAAUGAGAUCCUGUACGAGGCUGAAAUGGGAUUUUUAACUCGCAACUGCAAAGUGGUCGAUAUGGGUAGUCCUUGA